GAGCAACCAGUAUAACUCAUAGUUCUCGAGGCGAGGAGACACCCUGCGGAUUUAUACUUGUUUAGACUUCAGGAACGAAAGAACAUAUCGGUCGUUGCCUAAAUCUUCCCAUCGCAACUGUAUUUUGGACGUUUUAUUUCUGGGGGGGCUGGCGACGCAACAUGAGCGGGACAGCUUUUGACAAAAAGAUACCCAGCAUUUUAAUCGACUUACCGGGUUCUAUGAGCCGUCACCCCGCUUCCAAAGACUCCCCGACUCUACCAGAGUCUUCUGCGACCGACAUGGGUUACUACAAUGGACAGCAUGAGUAUUACCAAAGCCAAUCUUAUUCGCAACCCAUGAAUCCUUACACCUAUCACCAGUUCAACCUCAAUGGGACGGGUGCGGGGGCUUACCCCACGAAAACUGAAUACCCAUAUCAUAAUUCAUACAGGCAAUAUGGACAGUACAGCAGAAAUCAACAGACGCCACCACAAGACACAGUGAAAGAAGAGCCAGAGAUUGAAAUCAGGAUGGUCAAUGGAAAACCCAAGAAAAUACGCAAGCCCCGAACCAUUUACUCCAGUUACCAGCUUGCCGCCCUGCAACAGCGGUUCCAGAAAGCACAAUACCUCGCUCUGCCCGAGAGAGCCGAGCUAGCGGCGCAGCUCGGACUGACCCAGACACAGGUAAAGAUUUGGUUUCAGAACCGGAGAUCCAAGUUCAAGAAACUGUACAAGAACGGAGAAGUCCCGCUGGAUCACAGUCCCAACGCCAGCGACUCCAUGGCCUGCAACUCCCCCCCUUCCCCCUCUGCCUGGGACAGUGCCUCACACAACCUUACCAGUAGGGGGCAGCUCCAACAACCGCCCCUCAGUUCAUCUCCGACCUACAUGGAGGACUAUAGCAAUCUCUGGUACCAGCAAGGGUCACAUUUACAGCACCCGGCGUCAGUGCGUCACACUCCGCCUCCACAGAGCGGAGGAGGAGCGGUGUAUUCGUAAAGACUAUUCCACAAUUCUUUUAAGACUUUUUUUUA